AUUCCUGGCUGGGUGGCCAUUUUCAGGCCCCUGUCCUGGGCCCUCUUGGCUCACAAUGUGCAGGACCCACUGCAGCUGCCCACCAGGGCCCCACCUGGGCAGACCUCAGCCAGGCCCUGCAGAGGUGCUGCUGGUCGGCUGCAUCGUUGCCCUGCUCCGGGCGUCCUCAGGCCAGGCCCAGGUCCCCAUCCAGGCCAACUUUGAUGCCAACCAGUUUCAGGGCACCUGGUAUGUGGUCGGGGUGGUGUCGGACGACCAGGGCUUCCUGGACUCCAAGGACAACAUGAAGAUGCCCGUGGUGUUGGUGACCUCCUUGGCCAACGGUGACCUGGCCCUCAAGUUCGGGUACUCUACGCCCGACGGCAGCUGCCAGAAGGUGGACGCAACCCUCAGCAAGGGUGCCAUGGACGGGCAGUUCAGCAACGCAGCCAUGGCGCAGACCGACGUCCGGGUGGUGUCCACCGACUACGAGCAUUUCGCCGUGGUGUACCUUGAGACCCAGAAGGAGGGCGUCAGGAACGUCUGGCUGCAGCUCUAUGCCCGAGCCCCAGAGCUGUUUCCCGAAGGUGCCCAGAAGAUGCAGCAGCUGGCUCCCCAACUGGGCCUGAACCCCAGCCAGGGCGCCCUGCUGCCCAAGUCGGACCAGUGUGCUGGCGCCUUCUCCUAGGGAGUGAUCAAGGAGUGCCGGCAGGGCGGCCGUGCUGCGUGCUGCUCCGCGUACCAAGCCCUCCCCAACAAGUGCCCCGCUUCUCUCCACCCCGCCCCCAGCACAAUAAACAGUCUCCGAAAGCCAAGCCUGUGUGU